GCGUGUGCGUCAUUUCCGUUGUCAGGUGGUGCUGUCGCUGUGGAAAGAUGCGAUCAGCGAAGAGCGGAGGCUUUUCCUUAAUUGCUCAUUUCAGUAACAGAGGCUAAACAACCCGAAACCAAACCUCUGUGGUCUCUCCCGGCAGAGCGAGAGGCUCCGCGCACCCACCGCAACGUUUACCCCGAGAAAUGUCCGUGUUUUAAGGAGACAACGCAGACUUAAACCCGGCGGUUUUGGCUCGAGAGCUCCAGUAUGUCCAAGCGGCGUUCGUCGGAGAGGGGGGCUGGAGAGACAUCAGGCAGGGCCAGCAAGCUGCAAUGUCCUGGGAUAUCCGGCAGUAAUGCCAAGAGAGCUGGGCCCUUCAUCCUCGGGCCUCGCCUGGGCAACUCACCAGUACCAAGCAUAGUGCAAUGUCUGGCCAGGAAAGACGGCACCGACGAUUUUUAUCAACUCAAAAUCCUGACGCUGGAGGAACGAGUGGACUCUGCUGGGGAGACCCAGGAGGAGCGGCAAGGGAAGAUGCUUCUUCACACAGAAUACUCCCUGCUCUCCCUGCUGCAUAACCAGGAUGGUGUGGUUCACCACCACGGCCUCUUCCAGGAUCGAGCUUACGAAAUCGUGGAGGACAUGGAGGCGAACAAAGUGCGCAAGAUGAAGAAGCGGAUCUGCCUCGUGCUGGACUGCCUGUGUGCACACGACUUCAGCGACAAAACGGCAGAUCUAAUAAACCUCCAGCAUUAUGUUAUCAAGGAGAAGCGGCUGAGUGAGCGCGAGGCCAUCGUCAUCUUCUACGAUGUGGUGCGUGUGGUGGAGGCUCUCCAUAAGAAAAACAUUGUGCACAGAGACCUAAAGCUGGGAAACAUGGUGCUGAAUAAACGGACUCAUAGAAUCACUAUCACCAACUUCUGUCUGGGAAAGCACCUGGUGAGCGAGGACGACCUGCUGAAAGACCAGAGAGGAAGUCCGGCCUACAUCAGCCCUGAUGUAUUGAGUGGUCGACCGUAUCGCGGCAAACCCAGCGACAUGUGGGCUCUCGGUGUGGUCCUGUUCACCAUGCUCUACGGCCAGUUCCCCUUCUAUGACAGCAUACCUCAAGAACUCUUCCGCAAGAUUAAGGCUGCAGAGUACUCCAUCCCCGAGGACGGCCGUGUGUCAGAAAACACGGUGUGUCUCAUUCGAAAGCUGCUGGUGCUGGACCCUCAGCAGAGACUGACUGCAGGAGAGGUGCUGGAGUCUCUCAGCGCCAUCAUUGCUUCAUGGCAGUCGGUUUCAUCGAUGAGCGGCCCUCUGCAGGUAGUUCCAGAUAUUGACGAUCAGGUCAAUCAUCCAGAACAUUUGCAAGAGGCCAAAGUGAUAGAAGAGUCUUCACAGUACGAGUUUGAGAACUACAUGCGCCAGCAGCUGCUGCUGGCUGAAGAGAAGAACACUAUCCAUGAAGCCAAGAGCUUUUUCACCAAGCGCCAGUUUGGCAGCCUCCCACCUGUAAGGCGUCUGGGCCAUGAUGCCCAGCCUGUCAGCCCACUAGAUGCUGCCAUACUGGCACAGCGAUUUCUCCGGAAGUAGUCCCCAGCCACCAAUGCCAGCCUCUCUGGUCUCCCCAGGAUGAAAGAAAAAAGAAAAAAAAGAAUACACAAAAGCAAAACCCUGCAGAGUCCAGAGGGGGCUUGCCAGUAUAAGCCCCAAAAACCUGAACUUGCAUACACGAGGUCCUGCUCGAGCUGGGUUGCAGGCGCUCCCAUGUGUAGGUGGGUGGUAGGCGGUGGGUCAGACACCAGGUGGGCACGAAGACACACUGUCAACCCAGAACUUCACUCCUUGUGUCUGGAUCCACUCGUGAACGAUGGAUCGGCCUGCAGGCAGACCUGAACCAAAGGCUCCUCGCCCUCAGGUUGGCCACCGUCAGAUCUCACUGUGCUACAAACCUGAUGGCAUGGGCACACACAGCGCUAACACAAGGCGUAGCCUGCAGUGUUGAAGAAACUAUUAAACCCUUCCUCCUCCUCCUCCUCCUCCUUUAAGAUUUCCCCAGUGUAACACUUCCCCCUGUCAGUUCUGGGUCCUUCGAGCAAUACAGGACCGGAGUCAUGUAGCACCCCCUCUCUCCCUUGUAGUGAUUGGUAUUGCCUCAAGUCAGAUCACUCGAUCACAGAUGUCACUUCUGUAUACCUCCACCUCCAUUCCACUCUCCUCCUGUCACUCCUUCCUUUUCCUUUCGACCGUUUUCUUAUACUGAAAAUAAUCCUGGUCCUGUUAGUUACUCUGACUUCAAAUCAAUCUACCUCUCUGUCUCUCUUCUCUGUUGGUAAACCAUGCUCACUGUUCUGAGACAAGGGAUUGUAACAAUUGAGUCUUGAUGCCACCAGUGACAUAAAGCAUUAAUGUUUUCUGUCAGAGUGAUAAUGCUUUGAAACCUUUUUGGUGGUUUCGAAAAAUCUGAAUAAGCUUUUUAUCAUAUUUACCUUAAUAAGUAGCAUUUUAUCCCUAUAUUUGCAUUGAAGAAAGACCCGAAUAUCAAAGUGUGUGUUUGUACAGGCGAUCUUUGAUAUUUGCGGAAUGACUCGUCUCCUGCUUUUUGCUCAUCCCUGUGGAAAAUCUAUUUUUAGCAUCUAGGCAGCUAGUGUGAGGUACCUGGAAGUCACAACGCCAAGAACUGAAUGAGGGAAAACCUGUUGGAUCCUCCCUGCCAAGGCAUGUUCAUGGUAACGCUUCCCUCAGUGCCACUACGGUCAAGAUCAGGCACUGUCACGUUUCUCUUGCCAAAAAUCUUGUCUUAAAUUCACUCUUCAGCCAAGGAAACUGGUACCCACAGGCUCAUUCAGAAUCACAUGGCUUCCAGGUACUCCAACUUCCCUGUUUCUCCUCAUCAAGACAGAUCAUGGGACAAGUGUUUUUCAGUAUGAAUGUGAACUGUCGUCCUCCGCUUUGAUACUCCAGCAGUAUCACACAAAGUGUGCGUGCCGUGUCUUUAUGGCCAGGCGAAAUAGGUCUGCGGCGCCGUCGAGCCGUUAACCCCUCGACGUCCUCAGACACCCGUAAGCUAUCCUCCAGUCAUUGUGUUCUGUUAUCUGGCCUGCCUCGGUGGCAGACACUGUGAAAACUCGAGCGGGCUUUGCUAAGACGGGGCUUGACCAAAUCUUUCAGGGGAUAACACAAAUGCUUUAAGAUUUCCAGGGGGGGGAAAAAAUUGCAUCUCCUGUCGUUCUCAAGCCCUUUCUUCAGCUCAACUUGUACAUGCUUGUAUUAUCUCACCGUGCAGGCUCCGUAGGAGCCCGGUGGCUGGUAAUCAAUACUGUAAUAUUUCAUAGAAAACUGAUAAUACUCCGAUUUUUAAGUUAAGCUCUUGAUGCAUUCUUCUCUGUUAUCAAAGUGUUUCUUCAAACCAUGGCGAAGCUACUAACCAGUGACUGUUAGGCAUCUGUACACUGCGACUUGCCUUUGCGUAUUGGUACCUGCUUUCGGCUCUUUAGACUUCUUCCUAUUUAUAUCCAAACUGAUUGCAUGGACAUAGGCUCGGGAACAUGUUCCUUUUGUGAUUUCAUGUUGAUUUAUUUAUUCACUUGUGUAGACUCUCCCCUCUCCCAAACCACUGGGGCUCGUGUCACAGACAUCGAUUGUAGACAGUUAAGCCAAUGUCCUGGAAAGUGUCGUGGUGUAACUUCUGCCAGUGAAACGAGCCCCAAAAAUCUCUCAGCUUUAAGUGUUGUUAAUUCCAACAGUGGUUCUACUCUAGCCAUCUGAUUUUGAUCCUCCUCAGUCACAUUUGUGAAAGAGUAGCAUCCCCACUCUCCUCUUAGGAUUUAUUUGAUUAUCUUCUUGCCAUUGUGCCACAAGAUCUGUGGUCACCUUAAGCUACACUAAUAACAAGACUGACUUUUGCAUAGCUCUAUUUUUUAAAGAAAAACGAGAAAAGAUACUCGCACGUUAUCUUGAUUUUAUGGGAGGGGUUUUGUAGUUUGUUUUUUGUUAUUUUGUCAUUGCCCCUCAGCACCCUCACACAAGGCUGCACUCUCUGGUCAGUAUGUAAAUAAUCUACCAUCAUGACUGCACCAGUCAUAUUGUAUGUAGUUCCACCCAUUAAGACGCCAACUCCGUUUCAACACAUGCCGAUUGACGUGUAUCUUAGGCCACGUUGGCCACCAAACCACCACAUCCGGAGGCUAAAAUAAUAUGUAAAGAGAGCCACGGGCUUUCUCCCACCUCAAUGUGAAUUCCAUGGGUAUACAGCAGUAUUGUAGUAGUCUUAGGUUCAUCAGAGAAGGGUGCCUUCGAGCACCGUAGCCAUCACCGAAUGCUGACGUGAAGUGACCGUCUGUGGGAAGUGUCGAGCACCAUCUUCUAGGAGACACAGCUGCAGAUUAGGAGCUAGAAGUUUAACGUAGGUGUUAUCUGUCCCCCACUAAUCGAAAAGUGUUUCACUUCCUAGCUAGUGGAUUGUACCACAUUCAAUGUUUGUUUAACGGAGUUGUAUUGGUAGACUGCAUUGUGGACUGAAAAGCAUGGAUAUAGUGUGAGGUGAAACUCUGUGUUAAACAUGUGACUGUUGCAUGAUUUUGAACUUGCAAGGUGUGCCAGAGCUACAGGAAAAAAACAGAAAAGAUUGACGAAUGAUUGCCUCUUCUGGUCCUGAAAAGGUCAAACUAAAUUAAGAAUUAGUUAUCCCCCUACUGGAUGAGUAGUUUUAGUUGUUUUUGUUUAGUUUUUUUUUUUUCCUUCCUCUUCUUGAUUUUUCACUCAGAACUUAAACUUGUCAGUAUAUAACUGAUAUAUUGCUGACUGUUUCAACUGGAAACUUGGUGUAGGAUGUGAAAUGUGGUGUAGUUUAAACCCAAUGGGACAAUGUGUUGUAAGCUGCUUGGUUGGACAUGGGCAUCAAAAUACAGAGGAAAAAAAAAACUGCGGAAUUGUACAGAUGAAAAACACGUUUGUAUAAAAAACAUAUUUUUCUACUUCAUCAGAUCUCUACAUGCAUGUCAGCAAUAAACUUUGAUAUGGAAACAGUU